UGGCUUUCCAGCAUGGACGAGAAGACGAGAAGGGAAGAGUUUCCUCAGCUAAAAGGAGUGACGUAUUUGGACCACGCUGGAGCCGCUCUCUACGCCAAGAGCCAAGUGGAGGCCCACACGGCCGGUCUUACCGCCAAUCUCUAUGGCAACCCGCACAGCCAGUCUCCCAGCAGUCAGAGCAGUACGGCAGCAGUGGACCACGUCCGGGACCUCGUCCUCCUGUUCUUUGGAACUGACUCGGACCACUACGACGUGCGUCUUCACUUCCGGCUGCACGGCAGCUCUGAAACUGCUCAGCGAGUGUUUCCCUUGGUGUGCCCUCCCCCCUCCCCCACCUCCCAACAACUCACUCUCUAAAGAGGUUCCUUUACCGUACGUGGGAAGAGGAGUAGAUACCGAUAUUUCACAGAGUGCACCUCUUUCGAGAGCAGAGAAAAGUGAAGAUGCUACUAAACGUCUUCC